CGAGAACAGAAGACAUUCGAAUUUUCAGUAGUGCUCUCGAUCAACAUUGACUGAAGACGUGGUCCGCGAUUGAUACCAGCAUGGACUGUGCGAUUAUUAAUUGUCUAAUCCUUUUGGGAUUGACCGCCAUAGUAUCAUCAGAACAUGGUUGGUCCGGUGGAUUCAGGCCAGUAUAUCACAGUUUCUCCAGCAUUAAACAACCCGAAUGGCCACAUUCCGUAUUUACUUCCGGAUUCAACAGUUACCAUGUCGGAAGACCAAUCUUCAACAAACCACUUUUCACGCCAAACUACAAUAACGAAGCGGCCGUAACGUCUGGACAAAUUGAAAACUUUAACAAGGCUUUGGAAGAAGAGGCGGAAGAGGCCAUAAAAGAACAAUAUGGCAAUAACGAGUCGUCGCAAGAGACGUUCUUCCCUAGCGAUGACGAACCACCAAAAAGUUACGUCAGUGUUUCUUUUGGCAGUUUAGGUAACAACGCUCACUAUGGAUAUACUGUUUAAACGUUUGAUUUAAUUCGUAUGGCUAAUUUAUUUUAAUAAUCGAAUGGGACUGAACGAGUGUAUAUUAAAUCGUGUUUAAUACGAGGUACUAGUAAAUAAGAAUAUGUGCCACUUAAGUUUGAAGUAUCAGUAUUUAUAAUUUAUUAAUGUAAAUUAUAUCUCUAAGUUAAUUUUUUUUAAAUAUAUUUAUAUAUACAAUUAAAA